GAAAGCUCUCUUGAACAAGAAAAGAAAGUCCGCAUGGACCUGGAAAGAGCAAAGAGGAAGCUUGAAGGAGACCUGAAGUUGACACAAGAGUCUGUAAUGGAUCUGGAGAAUGACAAACAGCAGCUGGAGGAGAAACUCAAAAAGAAAGACUUUGAAGUCAGCCAGCUGAAUUCAAGGAUUGAAGAUGGGCAAGUGACUGAGGCCCAGCUGCAGAAGAAGAUCAAGGAGCUCCAGGCCCGCAUCGAGGAGCUGGAGGAGGAGCUGGAGGCUGAACGUGCUGCCAGAGCCAAGGUGGAGAAGCAGCGGGCAGAAGUGUCACGGGAGCUGGAGGAGCUGAGCGAGCGGCUGGAGGAGGCCGGUGGGGCAACGGCCACGCAGCUGGAGAUGAACAAGAAGCGGGAAGCAGAGUUCCUGAAGCUGCGGCGGGACCUGGAGGAGGCAACCCUGCAGCACGAGUCCACGGCGGCUGCCCUGCGGAAGAAGCACGCAGACAGCGUGGCGGAGCUGAGCGAGCAGAUUGACAACCUGCAGCGUGUCAAGCAGAAGCUGGAGAAGGAGAAGAGCGAGAUGAAGAUGGAGGUGGAUGACCUAUCGUCCAACAUCGAAUAUCUCACCAAGAACAAGGCCAACGCUGAGAAGCUGUGUCGCACCUACGAGGACCAGCUGAGCGAGGCCAAGUCCAAAGUGGACGAGCUGCAGCGACAACUGACCGACGUGAGCACGCAGCGGGGCAGGCUGCAGACUGAGAACGGGGAGCUUAGUCGGCUGCUGGAGGAGAAGGAGUCCUUCAUCAACCAGCUGAGCCGCGGCAAGACCUCGUUCACACAGAACAUCGAGGAGCUCAAGAGGCAGCUGGAGGAAGAGACCAAGAGCAAGAAUGCCCUGGCCCAUGCCCUGCAAGCCUCCCGGCACGACUGUGACCUGCUGCGGGAGCAGUAUGAGGAGGAGGUGGAAGCCAAGAGCGAGCUCCAGAGGAACUUGUCCAAAGCCAACGCGGAAGUAGCCCAGUGGAGAACCAAAUAUGAGACAGAUGCCAUCCAGAGGACGGAGGAGCUGGAGGAAGCCAAGAAGAAGCUGGCCAUCCGGCUGCAGGAGGCGGAGGAGGCAGUGGAGGCUGCCCACGCCAAGUGCUCCUCGCUGGAAAAGACCAAGCACCGGCUGCAGACAGAGAUCGAGGACCUCUCAGUGGACCUGGAGCGUGCCAACUCGGCCUGCGCUGCCCUGGACAAGAAGCAGCGCAACUUUGACCGGAUCCUGGCCGAGUGGAAGCAGAAGUAUGAAGAGACGCAGGCGGAGCUGGAGGCAUCGCAGAAGGAGUCACGCAGCCUGAGCACAGAGCUCUUCAAGCUCAAGAAUGCCUAUGAGGAGUCCCUGGACAACCUGGAGACCCUCAAGAGGGAGAAUAAGAACUUGCAGGAGGAAAUCGCUGAUCUGACCGACCAGAUCAGUCUGAGUGGCAAAACCAUCCAUGAGCUGGAGAAGCUGAAGAAAGCCCUGGAGAGUGAGAAGAGUGAUAUCCAGGCAGCUCUGGAGGAGGCUGAGGGUGCCCUGGAACAUGAGGAGAGCAAGACUCUGCGCAUCCAGCUGGAGCUGAACCAGAUCAAGGCUGAUAUAGACAGGAAGCUGGCGGAGAAGGACGAGGAGUUUGAGAACCUGAGGCGCAACCACCAGCGCGCCAUGGACUCCAUGCAGGCCACGCUGGAUGCGGAAGCCCGGGCCAAGAACGAGGCUGUCCGGCUGAGGAAGAAGAUGGAGGGAGACCUGAACGAGAUGGAGAUCCAGCUGAGCCACGCCAACCGCCAGGCCGCCGAGUUCCAGAAACUGGGCCGCCAGCUCCAGGCCCAGAUCAAGGACCUGCAAAUCGAGUUGGAUGACACUCCGCCGCUGGGGCAGGCGGAGAGGAGCAGGAAGCUGGCAGAGCAGGAGCUGCUGGAGGCCACCGAGAGGGUCAACCUGCUCCACUCCCAGAACACGGGCCUGAUCAACCAAAAGAAAAAGCUGGAGACCGACAUCUCACAGCUGAGCAGCGAGGUGGAGGACGCGGUGCAGGAGUGCCGCAACGCUGAGGAGAAGGCGAAGAAGGCCAUCACGGAUGCUGCCAUGAUGGCAGAGGAGCUGAAGAAGGAGCAGGACACGAGCGCGCACCUGGAGCGGAUGAAGAAGAACAUGGAGCAGACCAUCAAGGACCUGCAGAUGCGGCUGGAUGAAGCGGAGCAGAUUGCUCUCAAGGGGGGCAAGAAGCAGAUCCAGAAGCUGGAGGCCAGGGUGCGGGAGCUGGAGGGAGAGCUGGAUAUGGAGCAGAAGAAGAUGGCCGAAGCCCAGAAGGGCAUUCGCAAGUACGAACGGAGGAUCAAGGAGCUGAGCUACCAGGCUGAGGAAGACCGGAAGAACUUGACACGGAUGCAGGACCUGAUCGACAAGCUGCAGAGCAAGGUCAAGAGCUACAAGCGCCAGUUUGAAGAGGCG